UGACCUGCUCAAUGCAUUCAGACUUCAGACGUUUCUUCCCAAUAAGCCCAACUACUCCAUUUCUUUAUGCUUAUAAGUAAACACAAUCACCAGAAGAAGAAGAAGUUCAUAGCUAGCUUCAUCUCUCAUCUUUUCCAUCUUUCUUCAACCUUCCGCCAUGGCAGAUCAUAACAACCAGCAGAAGCGAAUCCACCCACUUGCCGACGUUGAGGCACCACGAUCACCUUCACCUACCCACCCUUUAUUCCCCAGAAACACCUCCAAGUCCGACAACCCCAACGACGACCACCACCGCUCUCCGUCGCAACCGAUUCCCAGACGAACCUUCCCGGUGAGCCACUCAAAGCCACCAAAGAGAAAAAGAAGCUGCCUCUGCAGGCUUUUAUGUUGGACCUUUUCUCUCCUCUUAAUCCUCAUAAUCGCUGUCGGAAUCACCGUCGGAGUCAUCUACCUCAUCUUCAGACCAAAGAUGCCGAAAUUCUCCGUUGACCAGUUACAGGUCGUCCAGUUCAACCUCUCCGGCAGCAACAGCCUCUCCGCCACGUUCGACGCUCGAAUCACCGCCACGAACCCGAACAAGAGGAUCGGAAUAUACUACGAAGGAGGCAGCAACAUCGAGGCAUGGUACGAGGAAACCAACCUGGCACGAGGAUCGUUUCCGAAGUUCUACCAGGGACAUCGGAAUACGACGGCGCUCACUGUCAUCAUGACGGGGCAGACGGAGGAUGCUUCUGGGUUGUUCAACAGGUUGCAGCAGCAGCAACAAGAGACAGGAAAUAUUCCUCUGAACUUGAAGGUGAAGCAACCUGUGAGAGUGAAGCUUGGGAAGUUGAAGCUGUUUAAGGUUAAGUUCAGAGUGAGGUGUAGGUUAGUGGUGGAUAGUCUCACGGCUCAAAAUGGUAUUAGGAUUCAGAAUAGCAGCUGCAAGUUUCGUGGGAUUAGGUUAUGAAUGAAUAUUAUUUGAUUCAUUCCAUUGAUCAUCAUAUACAUUCAUAUAUGUAGUUUUUUUUUUUUUUUAUAUGUUCAUUUAUAUCAAGGUAUCCUAUAGGAGGCAUGGUCGGAUGCUUGUGAGAGGGUAGCCCAUUACUUGAUAGGUUUCUUAUAUGUAGUUAUCGAUUAUUGUUGUAGAUUAUUAUUUUUUUUGUGUAGUGAAUAUUGAUUUUUUCCAAAAUAAAAAUGGAGACACAGAUGUCGUUGUUUUACUCCAUUAAUGAUGUCCUUAGGAUUGUGUGGUUAUGUUGUUCUUCAAUAUACAUAUACUUUACC